CAGCGUCCUGCUGUCUAUGUCAGCAAAGUUGACCGCACCACUGUUGAAGGAAGGGCUACCACAGAUUGGCCCGUCGUCAGGUCCCUCUUCGCCAAUAUCUCCUGUUCUACUGACUAGCCCAGUCCGCUUGAGGUCGCUAUCCGGAAACUAUGCUUCCAAAAUCCCAGUUCUGGUCGGAAAUUCUCUAAGAUCUCAAUCCUUCCCCUUUUAUUCCGAUUUUGGGGACGAACCAGAUUCUUUCGAACAGGAUGCCUCGCUUCGCUUUGCAGACCCUAAGCCCACACUGAAGGAGUUACACGCGGAUGGUCAUAAAAUGAACCAGGGUAUCGAUGGGGAAGACAGUGGUCUUGGUGACAAUGCUGAAGUAUGGGACGAAUAUUGGACAGAAGCAAAGGAAUGCGACCGAGAACUUAUCAACGAGCUGAAUGGAAGUUUAGAUGCUGGUCUGUUCUGUGCUGUUCUAACCGCACUGCUCAUUGAAUCAUAUAAGAUGUUGAUACCAGAUAGCCAGGAUCAAUCACUGGCAGUUCUACAAGGCAUCCUUGGGGUCUUGAGUAACUCCACGGCUCAAAUCCAAGUGCCAUAUAAUAAAGCUGGCUUUACUCCGUCUUCAAGCGCCGUGCGGGUAAAUGCGUUAUGGUUUGGCUCCUUAGCUCUGACGCUGGGUGUCGCAGUGCAAGUGAUGCUAGCCAAACAAUGGCUUCAUAAAUAUGGAGAAGGGAUGUCUAAUGUGCCGCGACUUCGCGCGCAACUCAGGCAAUACCGCUAUGACAACUUGCGUCGAUGGGCUCUUCCAGAGAUGGUGAACUUUCUACCUACUCUGUUGCACCUUGCAUUGGCGUCGGCUGAUCAAGAAAUCGUAUCUCUACCUAAGCAUGUACCUACGGAACAAGCAGAAUUCCAAGCAACCCAAUGGCGUCGAGAUACUCUCCAGGCAAAGGCUUUGGCUUGGCUCAUGACACGAUCGAGAAAUCCACUGGUCAUCAACAAAGUAGCACAGUCACUGGCAAGCCUUACCUCUGACUUUACUGCAAUAUCCAUACUCCGCCAGGCAGGGGCCAUCCAGCGCGUAGCCGAGCAAUUUCUCUCCUGUUUUACCGAAAACAGGCCACUCGGGGACAACGGAGAAGUCAUGGUCCAGUUAAAGUUAGACGUAGAAAAGAGUGAAGAAGCAGGCUUGUAUGCGAGAGCGCUGGUCGGACUGACAGAAGGAUUACCGGCCUCUCGAUGGCCUCAAAAGCCCCCUCGCGAUCUGAAUCUUUAUGCGGAUGCACUAGAUUCAGCUCUAGGGGUACUUAUCUCACAGACAGACGAUGCUGAAGUCGUUGCAUUCGCUGUCGCUGCCCGGGAGCACAUUUUUCGGGCAGGUCGAAACAGAUUCCCUAAUGGCCAAGCCCAGAAUCCCACUCACAGCCUGGGAGACCUGCUGGAGAUCACGAUAAAAAUUGCAGAAGAUGAUCUUAUUCCCGGGAUCAAUGGGGUUGUCUGCAUAAUGAAUACUAUUCGUCGAUGCGCAGAAGCUACAGCAUCAGAACAACGAUUUACUAUGUGGAAAGAGUUUGCCCAAUCAUUAUUGCAGAUUCUGGCCGACACGCCACCCAAUUGCAGGGUAAGAGAUGCCUUAUCGAAGUGCAUUGCUUGUCUUGGUGGGCUAAGCCAUCAGAGAGAUUACUCUGAUGGUAACGAUCCCACCGAACAUCGUUUGAUCUUUGCCCUAUCAAGACUACUCGUAAUAUGCGCGCAAAGGUUGAAUGAUGAUGAGGAAUUGGCCAACAAUAUUGCUGAAGCCCUGCGUGUAAUCCUUAAUGAUUACAGCCGCUCAUUUGUUCACGCAAUUCGCCCACUUGGGGAAGCACUCUCGAUGGUACUGCCAUUGAUGAUAUCAUCCAAAUCCCCUGUAGUUAAGGAUUGUGUCCUGACUAUGGUGCAGUUUGCGGAUUACGCGGACCUUCCACGAGACUCCUUCUCAGGAGUCAUGGACCUUUUAAAGGACUCGAUGCAAGUCGAGCUUCACCCUCGGCUUGUUCAAGUCCUUCAGAGACAUCUACAUCAUCCUGAAGUGAUGCCUUAUCUGGCGGAAACCACCAUCUUUGAAAAUGUGAUAGGUCUUCUCUCAUCUAAAGAUGUGGGAGUACAGACUUUCAUCUCCUCUUUCCUUUUGGAGACAUGUAGUCUUAGUCUACGAGCAGGCGGAAAAGCGGCACAGCGAGGAGCCCUCGAUCCCUUGAUCAAGGCUGGUCUCCUCAAUGGAUUGAAGGACUACUUCUGGCACUUAUCUGCCAUUGUCUCUUCAGAUAGAACCGCCUCCCCGAUAUUCGAAAACGAAGAUGCAUGGAUACCCCGCCUGUUGGCUCUACUAGAUCUUUAUCCCCGAGAGGUAAUGGAAUGUGAAAUUAUGGAGGCAUGUACGAUUUUGUUCCAGCAUAACGAUGAAGGUGGGAGGAAUUUAAAGGAAUGGUGGCACCGAUAUACUGAGUGGAGCACUCGAGGAAGUAAGGGUCCUAAACCAAGACCCAAAGGUCCAUUACACCGUAGACAGGUUGUGUAA